AUGGGGGUUGGUGGUAGAGGGCUUGUAAGACGUCAGAACGCGGAAUGGCAACAAAGCAAGAGAGGUUAUAACAACACGGCAUCAAACUCCGAAGUUCAGUUGUACUGUUGCUGGAACAGUCCAGUCUCCAUAGACCAGUUGAGUCCUUCAAGCCAGAAAGCAAAUCUACCGUCAUCCCUGAGCAUCAUGGCGUCUUACACGGUAAUCUUCGCAUUUGCCCUUUUUCUUGAGUUUACGGCUUACUCGUCCCUGGCGCUGCCCAAAGGCAUAUCAGAUCAAGAAAGCACAGUCCAAGAUCGACUAAUUUCAAUGCCAGAUGAUGGAAGCGAAGAGGGGAAUGGACUGCUCUCUUAUAGAAGAUACCCCAUCAUUGAGGGCAGACUUGCAGAUGAGGACGGCACAAAGCGGAUCUUCAUACUUGCUGACACCGGAAUAAAGGGAUCUCCUGGGAGGGAAAAAAACCUUGCCUUUCCAAAAUCCUUCCCUGCACUGCGUGGGCUGGAUCACAGUGUGGAUGGAUUCAGCAUGAGGAAUGACCGUAGAAGUGCAGAUGAUGUCUUUCCCGUGGGUAGGAGAGAGGUUGACAUAUUGAGGUGCAUGAUAGGUCGAGUGUACAGGCCAUGCUGGCAAGGUUGAAGCCGAUGCAGACAAAAAACAGCUUGGACUCUGCACCCUUUAUUUCAUCCUGCAUCUUAUUCCAAACACAAGAUGACAUUAUAUACAAG